AUGUUCCUUUCCCUGACGAAGAGGCUGUACAGAUUGCCAUCGUCUCCCUUUUCAACCAUUAUCACUUUCGUGUUGCUCUUGUGCAUCUACGUUUUUGUGUCUACGACCAGGUCCUUGUUGACUUCCAAUGGCUAUCUCAGUUCGCUAAGAUGCUGCAGUGAAUUCACGACUCGGUCUACGGUCUUGCAUUCGACGCUCAUUGAUGCCGGCCAUCCUCAUAUGCAGUUUGUUGGUCGAUGGACCUCAAGUGCAGACGGACGCAGACGAGAUGCCGCUUUUCCAGGUUCAUCCGUCGAGAUCAUCCUCACCAAUACCAGGUCAAUCUCCUUGUCUCUCAACAAUGCAGUCUCCUCUUCGCAGCCACCCGUAGGAGACGGAGUACACGAGAAUCUUGACCACUCCAACCUGAGGCCGAUCACAUCUGACCACAAAGCUUCUGAGCCAGUCAACUUGGUUGUCCAGCUCAAUAAUACCUACACCACGUUCACGAAUGCGAGGGCGAUCGUUCCUGUUGCGAGCGAUCUUGAUCCUAGAACGAGGUACUCACUGAAAGUGAGACACAUGGGAGGGCCCAAUGCAACAGAAGGCGUUCUCGAGUUUCAUGGAAUCUGGGUGGAAAAUGUGACUCACGAUACCAAAAUACAGUCACACAGGACCAAAGACGUCUCAUCCAGACAGAGGACAGGGGCAGCUCAGACCGUGCAGCCUGCGAAGAAGAAGCCGGCCAUCGAGAUUCUCACAUCAGAGACGGAGGGUUUCUCCAUCUCAAAGGAAGAGAGCCUAGAGGACACUAUCCUCACCAGAAUCAGCACCUGGUAUGAGCAGCUAGGGUCCGCGCACGGCAUAGACACCAUAACCAUGUCAACCAAAGCUCUGGGUCUAUUACCAUCCUCUCAUACACGUACCACCACCAUAUCACACCUCUUCUUCCGCUCUGGUCCUGCGGGAACCCACCUCUUCGGCCGUCCGUGGACCUUUGCAACCUACAGGCCAUCCAUCCUGAUCCUGCAACUGGGCCUGACCGACUUUACGACAUUCUUCUCUGACCCUACGAACCGCGACCGCCACGCACGAGAUCAGUUCGUCAACGACUUUGUCAACGCAUACGUUAAAUUUCUCAAGACAAUUCGACGGACAGCAUACCCCUUCGAUCCGGCAUCGCUCCCUGCCGAUCGGAGAAACCGGAUUGUCGACCCAACUUACCUCUCAAACUCGGCGCCGUCGACGUUACCGAUAUUUCUUGUCGCCCCGUUCUCCGCUUCGACGCACUUCGUCACCAAGGACACCCGUCUCGAGAGGAUCAUCAACGACGCCCUGUCCCGAGUGGCCCAAGCCGUACGUGCGGACGGCGACAUAUCGACCUUCUGGAUAGACACUACAGGCUGGCUAGACCCCAAGCGAGAUUUCGACACGCACGGUAUCAAGAACCAAUUGAACCAAUUGAACCAGAACGACGCACACGACGUCGACGGCGAGAGUCAAAUGGACCACCAAAACGAGACACAUCUCCCAACGCUGAGCCACGCGGCACAUCUCAAGGUAUCUACGCUCUUAUGGGACCAUGUCUGUCCUUACAUUAUAUCCGACAAUGAUGCCACGACGACGACGGCAAACGGGAAGACCGAGUGUCCAUUCGAUCGCCGCUCCACGUACAUGGGCAACGUAUACCUUCCACAGGACGUCGAGGUGGAGCGGACCGUGCUGGAGCGGAAGAUUAACCGUAUCAAACAACAGUUCAAAAUUACAGGGCCCAAAAUGCUCCUUCGUUGA